CGAUGUAGCGACCUCAGCCCCAAGUUUUCUUCCCUCGGGUCCGGCGAUGGAUCCCGAGUGCCGUCAGUUUCAUGUUUCUGAAAUUAUGAAAAUGGCAGAUAAACUGAUGAAGACCAAGGUAACGACAGCUAACGAGUUCCCGGGUCGAACCCUCUUUGGCACAACGCUGGAUAGUAAAGGUUUAUCCAAAGAGAUACCAGAGGAAGAACAGCUUCCUGACACGUCUAACAGUUGUCAUCGGCUGACACCUCCACUGGCGCAGGGCACAGACAUUGCCCACAAAACCCAGCAGCUUAGCAGCCCAAAAUCAGGCCACUGCGUUGACUCGGAAAGUAUCCUGCGUCCCAAGUCGGAAUCCGUCCACAACACCACCGGGUCCAGGCAGAGUUUGCCCGAAGACGUGGAUUGCCAGGCGAGGCUGAAGACAUCGCACAAAACCCAGGCCGCCAGCCCUGACCGGAGGAGCAGCGAGCGGCAGGUCGACGGUGAGGAGGUCUCCAUGCGGGGAGGGACACCCGGCACGCAGUCACCAUUGUGCGAGACCCCAGAGAGUCUUCCUACGCCAGAGGAGAAAUGUCUAAUUCCAAAAAAUAUUCAGCAUAAAUUUGGGACCCAUGUGGUGAACGAGAUCCUAUCAGACGAAAAGGUUAAGGAGUUCUUGAAUCAGAAGGAAUUUCCCGCAAGGGAUUUGGAUUCCAAGGACACGACAGCAGAGGCGCAGGAGAGCAUCACUGACGAGGCAGACAUGUAUGAAAAGAUAGGUUACCCACUACGAUGUAACAUCUUCCCAGGUCUCUCGAGCAGAUGGAAAAGCGAGGCGCAGUCCACCUACACGCAGGAAGUGGUCGACCGCUUCAGACGGGAUCUGGAACACUGGCACGGCAGGACCACCGAUGAUCUGGCCGUUUCUUUACGCUUCCUAUGAUCUGGGUGGAGUCUGCCACAGACACAGCUUCAUGAUGGACAGUCACCAUGGCCAGACUGGGUUUGGUCUACACGAACGCUUCAAAUUGUGUCAUCAUUUCCAACCGUAGCAACCAACUGAUAGAUCAAACUGUAGGGGAGGAGAAGAUGGCGGCGCGACGCAGCGCACGCGGCCGCUCCGAAAUGAUAUCAUAUGUGUUAACUAGGGGGCCGUGCACAAUCCUGAUUUGAUGGAGACGGAUGUGAGAAGCACGGAGGAACAUCUGGAGAAACUUCUGAAAUGCCUGGUUCGCUGCCGCUAUUACUGUGCGAUCGAGAAUCUCCGGAGGGGAAGGCCCCAAAUCCUCGGCUUUGCCUAUUGCCUGUUGCCAGGGCCGGGGUCGAAGCGCUCGGCAGAGAUGGUGCUCGGUGUCGGAGAGCUGGUCGGAGGCUCAAAGUUUUCGGACGGACUCAGAGUCGGACUGUGGUCGGGUGCUUCCAGGAUGCUGCAUCGGCAAGUUUGCGGUGCUGGAAGCUCAUGGCAGGGAGAGUUUCUCCCUUCUACCAUCUGCGUGAGAUGAUGGGACUUUCAAGAGACUUUGAGACUUUUUUUUACCGUGCCCAUGGUCUGUUCUUCAUCAAAUUACAGUAUUGCUUUGCACUGUUGUAACUAUAUGUUAUAAUUAUGUGGUUUUUGUCAGUUUUUUUUUAGUCUUGGUUUGUCUUGUGUUUCUGUGAUAUCAUUCUGGAGGAACAAAUUGUAUC